AUGAUUUCAAUGCAACCGAUCCCAUCUUCCUCUCCUAUGCGUUUCCUCUUUUACGUUAUUCUUGUUAUAUUUCUAACUUCCACGUCCAUCUCAUCUUCCUAUGACGGUGGAAAUGAGACCGAUCAUCACGCUUUGCUCAAGAUCAAGUCAAUGAUCACUCGAGAUCCAUAUGGAGCUUUAACUUCAUGGAACACCUCCCUUCAUUUUUGUGAUUGGUAUGGUGUUAAAUGUGGGAAGCGACAUAGAAGGGUGACUUUUGUAGCACUACAGUCGCUGGGUCUAGAAGGCUCUUUGUCUCCUCAUGUAGGGAACCUCAGCUUCCUCCGUGUGUUUUCUCUCGCUAACAAUAGCUUUCAAGGAGCCAUCCCUCAUGAAAUCGGUAAUCUAAAUAGGCUGACUAUUCUUUAUCUUGGUGCAAACACAUUCAACGGAGUCAUUCCAACUAAUUUGUCUGGUUGUUUAAACCUUCAAAAGCUUGAUCUAUCUAGAAACAAGCUAGUUGGAAGCAUACCCAAAGAGAUCAGCUUCCUCUCCAAACUUUCUUUUCUUUCACUUGGUCUUAAUAAGUUAACAGGUGGAAUCCCGCCUUUCUUGGGGAACAUUACGUCGAUGGAAACGUUCAGUGUUGUUAGAAAUCCGGUGGGUGGGAUCAUUCCAGACACCUUAGGUAAUUGGAAAAAAUUAGUAGGAUUUCACUCUGGUGGUUGUAAUCUAUCUGGGUCCAUCCCUCAUUCCAUUUAUAACCUUUCACUUCUAGCUAACUUUAUCUUGUUUGAGAAUCAACUAACUGGUAGUCUUCCUCGAGGUAUAGGUGCAAUGUUCUCUCAUCUUGAAAUCCUAGAAUUAAAUUAUAACCAGUUGACGGGACCACUUCCAUCAUGGAUAUCUAAUUGCUCGAAACUAAGAGGCCUUGAUAUGACAGAUAACAUGUUUAGUGGGAAGUUGACGAUCGACUUUUCAAAACUAGGAGAUAUUGAGGGGAUAUACUUAAGUUUCAACAACUUUGGAAGUAGUGAAGCUGAUGAAAUGAAUUUUAUUGAUUCUUUGAAGAACUGCACCAAGUUAGAUGAUUUGGAUCUAGUUUUUUGCAAGUUUCAAGGAGUGCUCCCUAGAUCAAUUGGUAACCUUUCUGAUCAACUCCGGUAUCUGGCUCUGUACGGAAAUAAUUUACAUGGAAACCUCCCCACGUCAAUUGGUAAUCUAGUUGGCUUGGCUGGUUUACUUUUAGGUUAUUAA